GCGCCUCGUGAAAAUAUCUCCCCCACCGGAAUCCCAACUUCCCAGCCACGCGGCGGCGCGUGUAUGAAACUUCCCCUUCUAUUUGAAAUAAAAUAAUACGGAUUUGUUUUUUUUGGCUUGGAAGUUGGGUUUUAGACCGGGUUUAUUUGAAAUACGGGUGUUAGGGAUCCUAUAAAACAGGGGAAUUUGGUUAUUCCCUGAGCUUUUCUUCCCUGUGUUAUCUCUUCAAAUCACUCUCCUUCUUCUUCACUCUCUCAUUUUCUUUCCUUCUCAUUUUCCCGGAAAAUUCACUGAGAAAAUUUACAGAAACACUUUUGAAACAGAGUAAGUGGGUAUAGAGAAACAAAGCUUUGUCUCUCUCUCUCCCCCUUUCCCUCAAAGAUACAAAAUCGAUUCGAGGCAUUUAUUCCUCACUUCUUUCUCUUAAAGCUGCUCUUAUAAACUUUUCUUUUCAUUUCUUUUCUAUCUCACACUCUCUAAUUUUUCCCAGAAAUUUUCCCUUUUCCCUUUUUUCCUCCUUCAAUGAACGGUUCUGAGCUUCCCACAUUCACUAUUAGAUUUUUUCGAAUUCUUUCUCUCUAGCGUUUACAUCUUCAUCUUUUUGUGGAAUUUUUCUUUUGGGUUCAGUCAAGCUUUUUGGUUCUGAUGAUUAUUAUAACCACAAACCAAGAAACCCAUCAGUGGAGAGAGGUCACUGAUUAAUUUCCCUUUCUCUCCCAUUUCAGCUUCUCUUUGACGUGUUCUUCCAUUUUUACCUUUAACAUUCUCUUUAUUCUCCUCGUGUGCCUCUAGUCCUUUAAGGGAAUCUUCUUCCUUCCUUUUUCCUUUUCUUCCCCAUCUCUAUAUUUUACUCUCUGCCUUCUACAUUUCGCUUUCAAUGGUAGCUCUGAGAUUCUGACAGGGGAAAGAAAAUUUUUCUGCUCUGUUUUUUCUCUCUCUCAUGGAACAAAUGGAUUUGUUCUCUAAUCUUGUUGUACCUCCGAUCAAGUACACUGAACAUCGAAACCAAACUAAGCUCGUCUCUCCGCCAUUAAUGGGGCCUAAGGUCGUGAGGAUUUCUGUAACUGACGCUGAUGCUACUGACUCUUCCAGUGAUGAAGAAAAAGAAGAAUACCCCUGUCGGCGUGUCAAAAAAUUCGUUAACGAGAUUACAAUCGAGGCCUCCUCGACAGGGAGAAGUAGCCGCAAGAAGUCCACCGGCGGGAAAUCGAAGUUUCCGACAGUUAAUCGAGGUUCAUUGAAGCAGAUGCCGGCGGGAAGUAGAAAAUUUCGCGGCGUACGGCAACGGCCAUGGGGAAAAUGGGCGGCUGAGAUUAGAGAUCCUUCUCGACGUGUACGGGUAUGGUUAGGCACCUACAAUACGGCCGAAGAAGCUGCUAUGGUCUAUGAUAACGCUGCCAUUCAACUCCGUGGACCCACCGCCUUGACAAAUUUCACUCCACCGCCGGUAAAGUCCUCACCAGAAACCGCCACUGCGGUGAGCUCUGGCUAUGUCUCCACCGAGGAGUCCAACGACAACCUCUCCUCUCCGACUUCCGUUCUCCGUUGCCCGUCGCCGUCGGCACACGAUGCCGUAUCCGAAAAAAUAUCAGCAACAACCGGAAAAGAAAUCCGCCGAGACGAAUCGGAGAAAUUUUCGGAUUUCUCGUUCCAUUCGAACUGUGAUACGAUUUUCCCGAAUGAUAUCUUCGACUUCCAACCGCCGGUUCCGUCUCCGUUCGACGAAACGUGCUUCAACGACGCCGUUUUGAAAGGCGAUUACGGCAGUAGUAUGUUUAUUAACCCGGGUGACGAUUUCGGGUACGGGUUCGGUUUCGGGUUUUCCACGUGGCAUAUGGUUGAAGAUUCCUUCCAAGACUUUAGCGACAUAUUCGGGUCGGACCCUCUCCUUGCUCUUUGAGAUUUUAUUUUUAUUUUUAUUUUCUUUUUUUAAUAGGCCGAGUUUUCGGCAAUUUUGUGAUUGUCAGAUUUUUCCUUUUUUUUUUUUCUUCUUUUAAAUAUUUAGUUUUUUUUUUCACUCGUAAAUUUUGGGGUCUGUAAUUUGUUAUUUGUCGAUGAUGUGUAUCAAAAAUGGAAUGGUCUCUUCCGUCACAGUAACGGUGACGGACAAAUUUUGUGUACGUGUUCUUUUUGUAAGCUCUUUUCCCUUUUAACGGACUGGCACGUGACACGCACAUUUAAAAAAAAUAUAUA